AUGGCGAUUGCUUUGGCUGAGGCCGACAAGUAUGAGAUCUUAGACAAGAUUGGCUGUGGUUCCUUUGGAAUCAUUCGGAAAGUCAAGCGCAAGACCGAUGGCUUCAUCCUAUGCCGCAAAGAAAUCAACUACAUCAAGAUGUCACAAAAGGAGCGCGAACAGCUUACUGCUGAGUUCAACAUUCUCAGUUCUCUUCGUCACCCCAAUAUUGUCGCAUACUACCACCGAGAGCAUCUGAAGGCGAGCCAAGACCUGUACUUGUACAUGGAGUACUGUGGUGGUGGAGAUUUGGGAAUGGUGAUCAAGAACCUCAAGAAGGCGAACAAGUAUGCCGAAGAGGAAUUUGUUUGGCGCAUCCUCUCCCAGCUGGUCACUGCUUUGUUCCGGUGUCACUACGGGUCGGAUCCAGCCGAAGUUGGCUCAAACAUUUUGGGCCCAGCCCCCAAGGCCUCUGGUCUGAAGGGCAAACAGGGACAAGUCACUAUCCUACACCGCGACUUGAAGCCCGAGAACAUUUUCCUCGGCAGCGACAACACUGUCAAGCUUGGCGAUUUCGGCCUUUCCAAGCAGAUGCAAUCCCAUGAUUUCGCAUCAACCUAUGUCGGCACCCCAUUCUACAUGUCGCCUGAGAUCUGCGCCGCCGAGAAAUACACCUUGCGUUCCGACAUUUGGGCGGUCGGCUGUAUCAUGUACGAAUUGUGCCAGAAGGAGCCCCCUUUCAACGCUCGUACGCACAUCCAGCUAGUCCAGAAGAUACGCGAGGGCAAGUUCGCCCCCUUGCCUGAUUAUUACUCGCCCGAACUCAAGAACGUUAUCGGCAGCUGUUUGCGUGUCAAUCCCGAUCACCGCCCUGAUACGGCCAGCUUGAUCAACCUUCCCAUUAUCCGUUUGAUGCGCAAGGAGAAGGAAGUGGUCGACCUCGGCAAAACCCUGCGUCGACGCGAGGAGGUCGCAGUUCAAAAGGUUCGGGAAAUGGAACAAUCUUUGGCCAAAAGAGAAACCGAAAAGGCGCAAAUCAGGGCAGAGAUUGAAAACACCGUCCGACGGGAAUGGGAGGUUAAGGCUCGCUUGGAAAUCGACCGUCAAGUCACGGGUGAGCUCGACCGACUGCGCAAGCGUUUCGAAUCCGAGGUUGGAGAGCGAGUUGCCAUUGAGGUAAAGAAAUACAAGAACAACUCGAGCGCAAAGAACAACUCCCACGACGAUGUGUUCCGCACCAGCACUCAGGGCACCAGCUCCUCUCGUUCCAGCAUGCAGGGAUGGCGGUCAUCCAAGUCCUCCACCAACAUGACUGAUGAUAGUGAUACCCCGUCAUCGACCGAUGUCAGCCAGGUUUCACUUGGGUCCCCUCCAUCCAACAAACGGAAACAACCCAAGAAAGAGAACCGUACUCCUUUCUGUCGCUCAAAGACCGUCGUGGACUCCCCCGUAGAUGUGCAGAUGGCAGAGCCUUCUCCUAUCUCUAUCGCGUCGCUUUCACUUUCUCCGCGCCGUACCUCCGGCCAAGGUGGCGCUCGCAACAUCUUUGCAGAGGCCGAACGCAACAAAGCCAAAUGGGAACCGACGCUGGCUUAUUCUGAUGAUGAGGACGAUACCCCCGACUUGCCAUCGCCAACCCGUCCCAAGGUCAAGCCUGACCCAUUGAAAGCGCCUCGUCGUCCACUAUUGCGCCAAAACACCGCUGCUUUCAUGCAAAAGCUCAGCUCGCAACCAUCCCUGUUCCCAUCGGCUGGUACCCGCCUUCCACAGUCGACCAGCCAGUCUGCAUCCCAGUCCGAAGACCACGCCAUGAGUGAGGGUAGAGCCAAGUCUCCCCACCGCCGUCUCACCAAAAUUCCCUCGUCUGCGAACCUGGCUGCCGAUGCUGGUGGCUCGCCAACUCGCAAGAACAGUACCAAGCAGCAAUCCCCCACCAAGGCCAAUGGCGGUGGUGACGAGAUGUUCAAAGCUGUCAUGCAGCGUAACAUGGGCGGUCGCACCCUGGUCGAACUCGCUCAGGCGAGAGCCGGUGGACGUUCAAUGGACGAGGUCAAGCGCUGCGCCAGUGAGUCUCGCGCCAACGGCCCUACCAUGAGCAUGAAGUGCUCUGAUCGGGAGCCUCCUGCUAUUUGGAACCCUGAAAUGGAUGACAUGCCCAGUCCAUUCCUUGCUCGCGGCAAGAAGGUUAUCCGCAACCUGCGGUAA